CCCCCCGAGCCUCACUCAGCCUCCCCAAACCUCCCUUACCCCAUCUGCUCCCCCCUGACCACCACCCUAGCCUCUCCUCCCUCUCCGUUAUCCCCCAGGCCGCCUCCCCAGCCAUGCUCCCAUCAGCGACCCCACAAAGCUGAGCCUGGCAGUGAGGAGGUGUUACAGGCUCCAGGGCCUUAAAUAAAUGUGCUUCCUAUUGUUUCUAAGCUCUCUGCCCAGGGAUUUUUCUCUUGGGUUUGAUAUUAAUAUUUUUACUAGUUUGAGAACCCGUUACAAUGACUUGACUUUGUGUCCCAAAAUGAGACUGACCACUGAAUUAUAACGUCAACCAAAAGCCAUCUUCAUCCAGUGGAAAAUAAAAUCCUCUCACUGUCCAGGUGCAGGAAUCCCUGUCGGAUAGCAAAGGUAACCGUAACAGGAGGAGAAAGAAAUGAGCUGACAUGUCAGAAAACCAACUGUCUUGCCUGGCCUUUGGCCAGGCAGUGAUUGGGCCACCUGGCUCGGGGAAGACCACUUACUGCUUUGGCAUGCAGGAAUUCAUGUCCAGGAUUGGGCGGAAGGUGGCUGUGGUGAAUUUGGACCCAGCCAAUGAAGGGACUCCUUAUCAGUGUGCUGUGGACAUCUCAGAGCUUAUCACCCUGGCUGAUGUGAUGGAUAAUCUGAAACUGGGCCCCAAUGGUGGUUUGAUCUAUUGCAUGGAGUACCUGGAAGCCAACUUUGACUGGCUGCAGGAAAAGCUGGCUAAACUCAAGGGUCAUUACUUUUUGUUUGACUGCCCAGGGCAGGUAGAACUCUGCACCCACCAUGGCGCAUUGAAAAAUGUCUUUGCACAGUUAGCUAAGUGGAACUUCAGGUUGGCUGCAGUUCAUUUGGUGGAUUCCCACUACUGCACAGACCCUGGAAAGUUCAUCUCAGUUCUCUGCACCUCCCUCUCAACCAUGCUGCAUGUGGAAUUGCCCCACGUCAACGUCCUCUCUAAGAUGGACCUGAUAGAACAGUAUGGCAAGCUGGCCUUCAACCUGGAUUAUUACACCGAGGUUCUAGAUCUCUCUUAUCUGGUAGACCAUUUAGCCACCGAUCCGUUCUUCAAGAACUACCGUCGCCUCAAUGAGAAGUUGGUGGAAGUGAUUGAGGACUACAGCCUGGUCUCCUUUGUUCCACUCAACGUCCAGGACAAGGAGAGUAUGCGACGGGUGAUGCAGGCAGUGGACAAAGCCAAUGGCUACUCCUUCGGAGACUUGGAGCAGAGAAGCCUUGAAGCCCUGAUGUCUGCAGCAGUGGGAGCUGAUUUCCACUUCACAUCCACACUUGCAGUCCAGGAGAAGUACGUGCAGCCCCAGGAGAAAACUGUGGAACAGGAAGCAAUGGAAAUAUAGUGCUCCUGUAUCUUUCAGCAGGCUUUUAGUGGAAGGAGCUCCCUUCCUGUUUUAAGUGUGUCCCACCUCUUCCCAUCAGGAGCAUGAGGGGCCCUCUGUGUAGUGUGACUUGGACCUGGUACUUACUGGGCAGAAGUCCAGCUGUUAAGCUCCCUCUUUGUAUGAAUGCAGUCCUGCAUCUGGAUCCUGCUGCAUAUGAGCUAUGUUUUUCUGGGUGAAAUGAGAUCAGGACCUCCAUAGCUGAGUGCAGGGCAAAUUCAAGGUCUCCUUACAAGAACAAGAGAGAAUUUUCACCUGAUCUAGGACGUUAGCAGCAGCAGAAGAAAACAACUUCUCUGUAGAGCAGACAAGAUGUAGGAGCCCACUAUUGCGAAGUCUCAUCCCUCACCACCAUGACCAAGGCCACGUCUCAAGUGAAAGACAAAUCAGCAUUUACUGCAGUGAAUGGAGCUCCUUCUUGUGGAAUGAGUUCUCCAUGUAUUGAAUGGGAACUCUGUGCAUCCUCACAGUGAGGAGUAUCCUCUCCUUAGAGAGCCAGCCACCUGUCCAUUCAUCCCUGGGAGGGAGGAGAGGUGUGAGUGUUGUUGUUGUUGUUGUUUUUUUAUCAUCAGCUCUUUCUUAACAAAAACACUUCUCCACCCCUUAGUUUCACCCUGUACUUUUGAGUUUGCCAUGAACUCCCCUGAAAUGGAGAAAAUGCAACAGUGCUGCAAAGCAUGGGGGACAAGACGAGCCAUGAAUAGUUUCCUUAUUGCAGAUGCGGCCACACGUUUCUAUUAAAAGCACUCUAUUCUC